GGUUGUUGACGUUGACGUCAGGACUCAGAAGUCAACUCCACGGUGGGCAAGAAGCAGCCCUACCAACAGCAUCAAGCUCAUUCUAAACUAAUGCGAUUACACUCACUGGAGAGGUGACCAUGCAGUUUCUGGGUCGGUUGUUAGACACGGUCUCGUCCGUGUCGUCCAAUCUCUUCUCCAACCCGUACCGUGUGAAGGAUGUGCCGCUGUCCGACUACGGCACCGGAGGCAAGGUCCGGCUGAAGGAGGAGGGUCGUAUGGUUCUGUACCGGAACCCGGCCUGUCAGUCAUGGGACUGUGUGCUCAUGUGUCCGGAGAAUCCCACUUUGGCUAUCAGGCUGUUCCAGGUGCCAGCGGAGGAGGACGCCCUGAACUGGUUCCCGCAGUACGCCCUCAAGCUCCGCCCCUUUUACGAGACCCUACACCUGAAGGCGGAGAGCACUCAGCCAAUCGUGGACUGCCUCCGCAGCCACCCGGACUGGAGCUCCGCCCACAUUGCUGUUGACCGGGGCCUGCGGGAGUGUCUGAAACACAACUACAUCCAGAGCCAGCUCAAUGCUCGCGACGCCUCGGGCCAGACACCGCUGCACGUGGCGUGCGAGCGGGGCGACGUGGUGUGCGUGCGCGAGCUGCUGGAGGAGAGCCAGGCGCGCACGGACAUCGCCGACCACAACGGCGAGACGCCCAUGCACUGCGCCGCCAAGCAGGAAACGGCCGCCGUCGUCAAGGUGCUGUGUUCACGUCUCUGCGCUGGUGUUAACGAGCUCAACACUGCGGGGGAGACCCCGCUCCACGUGGCGUGCCGUCUGGGUCGGGCCGAGGCCGUGGCCGCCCUGCUGGCCGGCGGGGCGCGCUGCGACGUGACGGGGGGCAGCGGCUACCCCAUCCACUCUGCCAUGAAGUACAGCGAAAAGGGGUGUGCAGAGGCGGUUCUUACAGCUGACCCAGGACAGCUCCAGGCUGAGGACCCUGUUUACGGAGGAAGUCCUCUCCACUGGUCCAAGACUGCUGAGAUGUGCAGGAUGCUGCUGGAGCGGGGUUGUGCGGUGAACUACCUCAGUAAGACGGGGGAGAGUGCACUGCACAUUGUGACCAGGAGGGGGCGCUUUGAGGCGGCCAUGGUGCUGAUGACCCACGGGGCCGACGCCAACCUCAGGGGGCAGGGCGGGAACACAGCGCUGCACCUCGCCAUGAAGAUGGACCAAAUGGACCUGAUCAAGGCUCUGAUCGUGUUCGGGGCGGACGUGGAAAUCCACAACGACCUUGGGGAGACUCCUGGGCUCAUCGCUGCUCGCACUAGCAAAGGUCCUAAUAGAAAGAUCCUGCUGGACAUGCUCUGUAGCGUGGGGGUCCAACGCUGCCACCCCCCCACGCCUACCAGCCCCCCCGCAGCUACGCCCUCUGCUCCAGCCAUAGGCUUUGAUGACCUAAUGCACGUGGCGGCCUCAGUCGGAGCGAUGAGUCGGGGGUCGUCGGCGGUGGACGGCGGUAAACCCCAGAGGAAGAAGGUGGACCGGUUGCUGUGUCUAGAUGGCGGGGGGAUCAAAGGUCUGGUUCUGAUCCAGCUGCUGAUCGCCCUGGAGAGGGAGGCGGGCCGACCCACCAGGGAGCUCUUCGACUGGGUGUCCGGGACCAGCACGGGGGGCAUCCUGGCCCUGGCCAUCAUCCAUGGUAAGUCCAUGGAGUACCUGCGCUGCCUGUACUUCAGGAUGAAGGAGCAGGUGUUCAAGGGCUCCCGGCCGUACGAGUCGGCGCCGCUGGAGGACUUCCUGAAGAAGGAGUUCGGCGAGAACACCAAGAUGGCCGAAGUCCGCUACCCCAGGGUGAUGGUGACCAGCGUGCUAGCGGACCGGCACCCCGGGGAGCUGCACAUCUUCAGGAACUACGAUCCCCCCUCCCUGGCCAGGGCGCCGCCCUACGCCUCCACCGCCACCUUCCAGCAGCUCACCAUCCCACAAGAGCAGCUGGUCUGGAGGGCAGCCCGCUCCAGUGGUGCCGCCCCCACCUAUUUCCGACCAAUGGGUCGUUUCCUGGACGGAGGCCUGCUGUCCAAUAACCCAACGCUAGAUGCCAUGACGGAGAUCCACCAGUACAACAAGGCUCUGAAGGCAGAGGGCCGUGGCCAGGAGGUCCAGAAGCUGGGCAUAGUGGUCUCCCUGGGCACCGGGAAGCCCCCCCAGGUGGUGGUGAACUCGGUGGAUGUGUUCCGGCCCUCCAACCCCCUGGAGCUGGCCAAGAGCAUAGUUGGCGCUAAGGAGCUGGGCAAGAUGCUGGUGGACUGUUGUACAGACUCGGACGGCUGUGCGGUGGACAGAGCCACGGCCUGGUGUGAGAUGACCGACACUAUCUACAACCGCCUGAGCCCCCAGCUCUCCCAGGAGGUGCUUCUGGACGAGGUGAGCGAUGCGGCUCUGGUGGACAUGCUGUGGGAGACCCAGAUGUACCUGUACGAGAACAGGGAGGUCCUGCAGACCCUGGCUCAGAGGCUGAUCCUCCAAUGAGGGGGGGAGGAGUGUGAGGAGAAGCAGAGACUCUAGGAGGCUUUGGCUUGAGAGUAGGAGCAUGAGUGGAGAAACGAGAGAAGGCGUGUGGCGUGUGCAUGCUUUGUUCUGUAGCAAAGACAUUGAGGAUCGCCAGGUUCCACUCCUUUACUCCACUGAAACAUCUGAACACAUUAAAUGAAACGCACACACACACACACACACACCGAGGUGUACUGUGUGUGGUAGCAAGUGACCUAAUGGCUGCUAAAAAAAACUGCCUUUCUUGAGGGACAGGAAUAAGUCCUUUGAACGGCUCCCUAAACAACAACAACAAUAAUGACAUCACACUGUAGAGACACAACCUGUCACAGUGACAUUACCUGAAAUAAGCCAAUCACAAACUGCGAUUGCAAUUACCAGCUUCUCACCAAUUUUGGCUUGUCUUAAUAAUGUCUAAGUAAGGGGUGGGGAUGUGGUGUUGCAUACUUCUAAUGAGAUCAUGCUGACCGUGGCCUCGUUUUCUGGAACGUUUGUUGUCCACACUUUGCUACUACACUCUAGCGCAACAUGUUUCCAUAACUGCUGCAUAUUUAUCUGAUACAUAUAGGCUGGUCUGUGAAGGUCACAUCAUGAGUGACUGAUUUCAGUGUUGAACUAUUUGCUUUUUUUUUUUAACCAAUAGCUCAGACUUCCCUUCUCGUAGCCCACUGUUGUCUUAAACGUGAAUAUCAAACCAAUAAUGCUGUUACCAUUGAAACGUAUAUCGCAAACCACUUAAAUACAGACCACCAAACCAAAUACUUGAAGUCAUUGCACUGCCUAACUGGAAUUUCCUUCUGUCUGUUAGAUUGUUAUCAUUAUUAAUAUGAACAAGUUUGUGCUAUAAUUUGUGCUAUAAUUAUGUGAACUAUUUGAUAAAAUGACCAAGAUAUGUCCAAGUGUCUUUUUUGCCAUUUGGAACGUUUUUUGCUGCACCAUGCUGCACCAAACUUCCGCUCAAUUUUCAUUUCACCCUCUGUUCAAAUGAAAUGAAGUACGAUGGUCUGGUAGGACCACCAGCCUAUAUUAAACCCAGUCUUGGAAUCCAAAUGCAACAGUAGCGCUUCAAACAUGUCUUGUGUGCUUGUCCGCCGACUUGUGGGUACAUUAUGUAACUGCAUGUCCAACCCAAUCAAAACGAAUUGAUCUAUGAAACCUUUAAAUGUAAUUCCGCAAAAUAAUAAGUCAUAGAAAAUGAUGGCAGGAUUGAAAUGGAAUAGAAGUUUAGAAGAUUAAAAACGUAUACACAAAAAUAUUACAGGUCACACUAUUUUAGUUGGCGAGGCGCGUCGUGGUAGCUGCCAGACAGAAGACCGACCGAUUUAUAACUCCUGCUCUGUAUUAAAUAAAGAGGAGCCUUUACAUUUGAAGUAAUGUUCAGGUAAGUCGUAUUUACUAUAGACAAACAUAUACCAGGUAAUACAUCCAAAGUAACAAUUCAUUAAACCAGAAGAUAAACAACCAAACCAGAGUUUGACGGGUGUUCAUCACAAUAAUAAAAGUAACGUUGUCAUGAGGUUGAAGUUUGAUUACCGUAGUCACAAACAAAUAGGUUAACUGGUCCAUUUCUCAGCUGAACCCACAGAUGGCGAUAUAUCCUCAGAGGAAGGCAGAAUUCAGGAAAAAGGAAGGUGUGUCAAGACGUGGUAUAAACACUAUCUGGUAAUCACGUUGACAAUAUUUUGGGGCAUAACAGUGACACGGAACGGUGAGCGGAUUCCAUCCCGGCACACAUACAAAGAAGC